AUGAAUCUGCCCAACCCUCAUCUGCCGUUCUGCUUUCGCUGUCUUUCCCACCAACCAUUGACGCUUCUGUACUGUACCAAAUCACAGCCUAUUUCGCCGAGGCCUGCGUGCGAUGCGGUCAUUGAGUCUCGUCGGCAUCUCGGCCAGGCCAUGGGUCCCAUAGAGGCUGUGUGCGGCUUGUGGGACGGACCAUCUCUGAAGGCCUGCAAGUGCACUAUCGCGGCCUGGCUCCCUUGUUCCAAUCUGGUUUGUUCAUGCGGAGCGAGGCCUCUUCUUGCGUGUUGCUUUGCUUCGCUUCUUCUUUUUCCUUCUUCUUGUUCCAUGGUAUCCAUGUCAAGAGCAUGUCACCAGCAUUAA